CACGCGUGGCUGGGGGGAUCCCUGCCUGCGAUGGGGUGGGGGGGAGGCGGGGGCAGGGCAGGGAGGGGCGGGGGUGGCCGUGGUGGUCUCGGGGCCGCCCCCGCUCACACCCCGCCCCGGGGGGAGGGCAGUUCCGCUCCAGCACUGCCGGCGGAGACAGCAGCAAUGCGGGGCUAUUCAUCCUGGCCGCGCGACGCAGGCGGCUGCUGAGCCAGGCUGCGGGGGAGCUGGGGCCGCGCCGAGGGGAUGGUGCUGGAGGGCAGCCCCGAGGCCGUCAGCUCCCAGUCUCUGGACCUGCGGCGAUCCUGCCCCAAGGGCUCCCGGAUCUUCCCCUCUGCUGGAGAGGGCUCCCUGCUGAACAAAGAGGCUGUGAAGUAUGGAGAGCUCAUUGUGCUGGGAUACAAUGGCUCCCUGGCCAGUGGGGACAAGGGCCGACGCCGCAGCCGCAUCGCACUCUUCAAGAGGCCGAAGGCCAAUGGGGUGAAGCCGGACGUGAUACACCACAUCUCCACCCCCCUUGUGUCCAAGGCACUCAGUAACAAGGGCCAGCACAGCAUCUCCUACACGCUGUCCCGCAGCCACUCGGUAAUUGUGGAAUAUACGCAUGACUGUGAUACCGACAUGUUCCAGAUUGGCCGUUCCACGGAGAACAUGAUUGACUUUGUGGUGACGGACACGGCGCCUGGGGGCAGCUGCGCCAGUGAGGGGCAGUCGGCCCAAAGCACCAUCUCCCGCUAUGCCUGCCGCAUCAUUUGUGAGCGCAGCCCUCCCUACACCGCCCGGAUCUACGCCGCAGGCUUCGACUCCUCGCGCAACAUCUUCCUUGGAGAGAGGGCAGCCAAGUGGAGGACGCCGGACGGGCUGAUGGAUGGGUUGACGACCAAUGGGGUGCUGGUGAUGCACCCCACAGGGGGCUUCAGUGAGGACUCGGCACCUGGCGUGUGGCGCGAGAUCUCUGUGUGCGGGAAUGUGUAUGCCCUGCGCGACAGUCGUUCCGCGCAGCAGCGGGGCAAACUGCCCCAACCCCCCUCCCUUGGAACUGAUGCUCUGACACGCCCGGCUCCCCGCCUCCGACUCCCAUGUCCUGCAGGUGCAGACCGAGUCCAACGUGUUGCAGGACGGCUCGCUCAUCGACCUGUGCGGGGCCACGCUGCUGUGGCGGACCACAGCGGGGCUGCUGCUGACACCCACCCUCAAGCAGCUGGAGGCGCUGCGCCAGGAGACGAAUGCCGCCCGCCCCCAGUGCCCUGUGGGCUUCAACACGCUGGCCUUCCCCAGCCUGGCCCAGCGCGGCGUGGUGGACAAACAGCAGCCCUGGGUCUAUGUCAACUGCGGCCACGUCCACGGCUACCACAACUGGGGCUUCCGCAAGGAGAAGGGGGGGCUGGAGCGGGAGUGCCCCAUGUGCCGUCGAGCCGGACCCUACGUGCCGCUCUGGCUGGGCUGCGAGGCUGGGUUGUACCUGGACACAGGCCGGCCCACCCACGCCUUCUGCCCCUGCGGCCACGUCUGUUCCCAGAAGACUGUGCAGUACUGGGCCCAGAUCCCGCUGCCCCACGGCACCCAUGCCUUCCAUGCCGCCUGCCCCUUCUGUGGCACCUGGCUCACAGGCGAGCGGGGAUUUGUGCGCCUUAUCUUCCAGGGCCCCAUGGACUGAGCCCGGGGACUCAGCAGGGGGACAUGGACUGAGCAGAUGGGGUGGGGCGGGGCCCGGGGACUCAGCAGGGGCGGGGCCCAUGGACUGAGCCUGGGGUACCUGGCAGGGGCCGUGGACUGAAUGGGGGGCCAGGCAGGAGUGUAAAUGGAGGAGGAGCCUGUGGCCGAAGCGUGCAUUUGCGUGUGGUGGGGUGAAGCCUGUGGCCUGAGCGGGGGGAUAUGGCAUGGCUCUGUGGACAGAGUGGUAGGUGGGGCAGGAGCGCGGGGGUGCCCAUGGACUGAGUGUGAGUGACCAAUAAAACAGCAAAAAACCUGGGGGGGAAGCUAUC